GGGUGCAAAGUCUCAAGUUUCGUUUAACUUGUCCUGGAGAUUCAUGAGCGUCUUUUAUUCCAUCAUCAGUAUAUCGCGGCCGGUGUUUCUGUCCACAAGUAUGAAUGAAUGUCUCGGUGUGCUGAAUUUUUCUAGUGCGUCGCGUAACUGUCAAGUCGUAAGUUGCCAAUAGCAACAGCGUUUACGCGUUUAUUUUUAUUAGCUUUAAUAUCUUGUUUAUGACAAGCGUUAAUGCAGUAGACAUCUAAAACCGUUUUGGUUACGAAAUGUAAAAAUACUUAAUACCUAAAUAAUACUAACAGAAACUAAUUAUCACUGCUUUGCCGUUGAAGAGAGCCAUGGGUUUGGGACAGAAUCGGGUGCGUUUGCUGUGCAUGCUGUCUUUGACGCUUGUGUUUUUCAUAGUUGAAGUUGUGGUAAGCAGGAUAACUGCAUCUCUCGCAAUGUUGUCAGACUCUUUUCACAUGCUGUCGGAUGUAAUAGCUUUGAUAGUGGCUUUAAUCGCGGUGACAUUUGCGGAGACAACUCGUACCACAAGUAAAAACACGUACGGAUGGAUCCGCGCAGAAGUGAUGGGAGCUUUAGUGAACGCCGUGUUUUUGACGGCCCUCUGCUUCACUAUUUUAUUAGAAGCCAUUGAGCGCUAUACGAUGCCUCACGAGAUUGAGAAUCCACGCGUGGUCAUUUGGGUUGGUGUUGCCGGUCUCCUGGUGAAUGUACUCGGUCUUUUCCUGUUCCACGGACACGCAGGGUUUGGUGGACACGGACACUCGCAUGGUGGUCACUCUCACGGUGGUCACUCUCAUUCUGGACACUCUCAUGCUCACAAGACAAAUCGCAAAGAUUAUGAAAAACCAAAGGCACAUGAAGAAGCAUGCAAUCUCAUGAGAGAAAGCAACAGUUCUCAAGGAGACCGAACUUCUGAGCUAAAACCAGACAGCGUUGACAUCAAAAUCACUGCUAAGGGCUCGUUGGAGGACCUGGAUCACAGUCCCGAGACUGCCUCCCAGAUGAACAUGCGUGGGGUGUUCCUGCACGUGCUCGGCGAUGCAUUAGGGUCCGUCAUUGUGGUAGUCAACGCCUUGAUCUUCACCUUUGUGUGGACGCCAUGCCACACCGACGAAAUCUGUUUCAACCCCUGCCGUAGCAGCCACAUGACUGAACAACAACAUGUUAACACCACAGUCCUGAGCAUAUCCAAAACACCCGACAGGAUGCCUAGAAAAGUCUCUGUAGCCGGACCAUGCUGGGUGCUUUACCUGGACCCAACCUUGUGUGUAAUAAUGGUGUGUAUUUUGCUCUACACAACUUUCCCUCUCUUAAAGGAGUCGGCCCUGAUUCUCCUACAAACAGUACCCAAACAGAUCGAUAUGCACAAGCUGAAUAGGAAGCUAAGAAGCUUGGAUGGAGUUACGGCCGUUCAUGACCUGCAUAUCUGGCAGUUGGCUGGGUCUCGCAUUAUUGCGACCGCUCACAUCAAAUGCGCGGAUCCAGCUGCUUACAUGGGCAUAGCUAAACGUGUUAAAGACAUCUUCCACGAUGAAGGCAUCCAUGCUACAACUGUUCAGCCUGAGUUUUCUCCUGUUUCUGAAGGAGCUGCUGACUCUCAGUGUGAGCUUUCCUGUCGAAGUCAGUGCAAACCCAAGCUUUGUUGUAAUCCAAAUAAAAGGGCGGCUAAGCCAGAGGUGGAGUCGACCAAGAGUAAAGAAAAGUCCUGCAGCCACACUGUAGGACAGGCUGAUCAGAAAGAAGUGGAGAAUGCUGUACAUACGGAGAUGGAAUCAACGGUUUAGGUUGAGAAGGACAUUAUUUUGCACACACCUACUUGCUCAUAGCUGAUUGUUGCAGGAAAUGUGUCAAAUUAGGGCAAUUUUCUGGACUAUUUUAAAUCUGCUUAUUGCAGAAGUAUGUGUCAGAGCUGGGUUUGUUAAACCCAACAACAUUAGAUUUCAUACUGUGUUGAAUACUUUAUUCUUAUUAUGUAUGUUGGUUCUUACAGAUUGCUAGAUAGAUAGAUAUAAGUCACUGUAUGUGUUUACAAAUGAGAUAUAUUGAUGCAUAUUAAUAGGAGAUAUUUAUUUUUUAGCAAUAGUUUUAAGUUCUACUCCAAGAAUUUGCAUAUUCAUGGCGUAUUAGUGUGUUUUAAAGACUAUUUCAAAUCUGCUUAUUGCAGAAGUAUGUCUCAGAGAGUUGGGAUUGCUGAAUUUGUAACUGA